CUUGCAACGAACGGAAUAUGGAUAAUACCACCACGCGGAGUCGUUUUUCGGAGAGCUCUAGCUGGCGAGGAGAGCGAAUGAAAUAAUCAGUCGGGCUGAAGGUGUUGACCAGGCAUGGCGUUGGGAAGCAAAGGGUGGUUGGCAUGGGCGAAUCCGAACCGCAUUCCGGCACGUGGAGUGCUCGGCGUAAUUUCCUUUUUCGGCUUCUUUGUCAACUACAUGCUGCGGGUCAACAUGAACAUCGCCAUCGUAUCCAUGACCGGAGGCGCGGGGACGGCCGCCGCCUCCGACGACUUCGUCCCCAACGAGUGCAUUUCGAACAGCAGCAGUUUCCGAAGCAACACCACCGCCACUGACGACGCCAAACAGGCGGACGUCGGCGAGUUCGCGUGGGACUCGCAGCUGCAGGGCAUCGUGCUCGGCUCCUUUUACUGGAGUUACAUCGUCAGUCUGGUGCCCGGGGGCAUGUUGGCCGAGCGGUACGGCACCAAAAUCGUCUACGGGGGCGCCAACCUUGUCCUCGGAAUCACCACCCUCGCCACCCCAGUCGCGGCCAGACUCAACUUUUGGCUCCUCAUCAGCAUCAGGCUCAUCCAAGGACUCGCGGCGGGCAUGACUUGGCCUGCAAUGCAUUCGAUGACGAGCCGUUGGAUUCCGCCGCACGAACGCAGCAAAUUUGUUUCAACGUAUAUGGGCAACGCGGUGGGCACUGCGGUGACCUAUCCACUGUGCGGCAUUCUGAUCGACGCCUUUGGCUGGGAGUCUGCCUUUUACGUCCCGGCCUUGAUUUGCAUCUCGUGGUGCGUCUGGUGGUGGUUCUGCGCGUUCGACUCGCCGGCCCAGCACCCCAGAAUCUCACCAAAAGAACUCGCUUUCCUGCAGAAAAAUGUCACCACGUCCAAAGAAAAGCUGAAGCUCCCUCUAAGGGAGGUGUUGAAAUCACCACCGUUCUGGGCCCUCAUGGUGGCAAACACCGGCUCGAUCUGGGCUUUCAUGACCGUAAUCACUUACGGGCCAACCUACCUCAAAGUGGUGCACGGUUUCAACAUCAGAGAAAAUGGGCUGGUGUCUGGAUUGCCAAAUGUGUCACGAUUUUUGGGCUCGCUUUUUUUCUCCUGGAUAAUCGAUUCGAUGAUUGCAACCAAAAAAUUGACAAUCACCGUCGCCAGAAAGGUCGCGACGGCCACAGCCGAGGUUCUUCCCGCCAUUUUAUUCUUGUUGAUGGGCAACGUGGGGUGCAACGCGACCGCCGAAGUUGCUAUCCUGACCCUGGCCUCCCUGUUUGGCGGAUGCGCCUCGUCAGGGCCCAUAGUCAACAGUGUCGACCUGGCGCCUAAUUUUUCAGGCUCCAUCCUUGGCCUCAUCAGCAUCGCUUCCAUGAGUGGUGGAUUUUUAGUCCCUCUGAUGGUUGGCGCCAUCAUCAGAGAAAACCAAUCUAUGGCCCAGUGGCGGAUUGUGUUCUUAAUCGCGUCCGUUCUGAACGUGUUUUGCACCAUUGUGUUCUCCGUGUGGGGCAGCGGCGAGGUCCAGUCUUGGAACGACCCCAAGAAAACCGACGAGGAAUCGUCUGAAGCGCCCAGCACGCCUCUCAAAUCAGUCACGUGAAUCGCCUUUCUGUGUCGUGUGAUCUGCAUAUCUAGUGUCGUGUGCUUCAAAAACAAAUAAAAUAAAAUAAAAACUUUGGAAGUGAAAAUCACUUGUGAGUUUGUUCCCUUGAAACAGUUACGAAUUGUACAAAUUUUGGCUCUCUCUUUGUUAUUAACAUAAUGUAUUUUUGUACAUUUUUCUUGAAAUUGUUUUUGUUUGAUGACAUUAUUGGACUUAACAGAUAAUUCUUAUUUUAAGAAAAAUACGAAAUUGAAUAAAAAAUCAUAUCU